AUGUAUGUGACAAGGCCUCUAUCCCACUACCUGAGCUCCCCUGAAUCACUUUCACCAUCACCAGAGGGUCCAAACUCUGGUUAUUUAGUGAUACAAGAUGAGGAAUUAGAGACUACUACUUGUUUCGGAUUGUGCAAAACUCGGCAUCCUAUAGAUCUCCCUUUCCCUCAGAACAGGAACUUAACUGUUGUGUAUUCGUUCUCAAUUAGCCCCUUUCUUCGAAUCGGUAUUAUGCAAUUAAGCCCCACGGAUCGCGUCAAGGCAAUCCUUUUGGACCACAUUUCAAGCUUCCAUUUCGAGAUUGAGUUUCCUGCUUCUGUUCCCCUUAUUGGCUACUAUAAUCCGAAAUCCUUAGAUUGGUUUUGCCAUUGCUUUCAUUUUGCAGACACGGUUUAUUCUAAAAUGCUACAACAACAGUCCAUGUAUGCAUGCUAA